GUCGUGUGAACAUCCUCUCUGGAGUUGGAGUCAGUACCUCUGAGUUUGAAGUGACAAGAGAGAGACAGCGGUUUUUGUCCGGAGUGACGUGAUCGCGAAUCGGCAUUUUUCUACCAAUCACGGUUGUUUUCACGUUUCUUUCGUGAGUUUCGGAGAUUUAUGAAUUUCUGUUGAGAAAGUUUUGUGCGGAUUUUCUGGUUUCUGUGAAACAUUUUAGUGAACCUGUUUUUUUUUUCCCAAAGAAAAAUCUGUUGGUAAAAACAAGAAAAGAAAAGUGAAGGAUUUUGUUAGUGAUAAUGCAGCUUAGUGAAAAAAUCCAUUUCCUCUAAAAAAUAGAUAAAACUCUCCACUGCAAGAGGAAGCCCGUAGUGAACUGAUUGUCCAAUCCUCGAGACGUGUUAGAAGUGCUCUUCUACCAACCUGGAUGAGAAAUGAUCAGAGACCCACCAUUCACGGCUCACAUUCUUGAGCAUCUGCUGUUUUUAUUUGUAUCUUCUGUACCUGUUAUCAGUUGUUCGAGCUCUAGGUCUCACAUCCCUCUUAGGAUUAACAUGCUGCAUAUUCCCAACCCCGUGGUGACGGGUGACAGCGUGCGUCUAAAGUGUGCCUACGAGUUAGGCAACGAGACGCUAUAUGCUGUCAAGUGGUACAAGAACAUGGGGGAGUUCUUUAGAUACGUACCGGGAUCUGACCCGCCUCUCAAGAAGUUCCCACAAACCGGCAUUGACGUGGAUAUUUCAAAAUCAGACAGCAGCACUGUGUUUCUCCGGAACCUUAGUAUGGAGAGUUUUGGAAAUUAUACUUGCCAGGUUUCCACAGAUAAACCCUACUUUCGAUGCGUGCAGACCACUCGCCAGUUAGAAGUAGUGGUUCCACCUUCAGAUGGUCCCAAACUGAUGGAAGAGAAAUCCGAUUACGAACUAGGAGACAACGUUUCGAUUUGGUGCAAUUCUGGAAGAUCCAAACCAGCCCCUGAGCUCAAGUGGUACAUCAACGACCAGCUAGCGCAGUCCGAGCUGGCUGACCAGGAGACGGUCGUGUAUCCGGACCAGCUGGAGAGCACGAGCCUCGCCCUAAGAUUCCGCCUCAAACCGGAUGUAUUGCAUAAUGGAAAGGUCAUACUCAAGUGCGUGGCGACCAUCAACCACAUUCACGCAGUCACAAUAAAGGAAAUUAGAGCUACAGGUGCAAAACAAGCGGAAAUUCAUCUGGGACUCCUGAACCUGGCGCUCGUCACCCUCCUAAUCCUCCAGAUGUCGGCAACCAGAUCCCCGUUGUGAACAACCCCUCCUUUAUCUUCAACUUACUUUCAACAAUUUGUAAAGAGAAACAUCAACCAAUGGAGGAUAUAACAAAAAAAAGAAGAUAUAUAUAUAUAUACACAUCAUGUAUGUCUAUGUAUAUAUGACACAUAUAUAAAUAUGCUACAAACACAACUUGAGAAAAAAAAUAAACAACAAAACUUUGAAAGGAAAAAAAUAACAUCUAAUGCAUGUCAAAACGUAAGUGUCUCUAAAAUGUGUGUGCAUGAAAAAAGUUCACAUUUUUGAAUUCCUGAUUCCAUCCUUUAAGCCCUUAUGUACCACGAUAUAGCUCAAAACGUAACAAAAAGAUCUCAAGAAAAAAAGUUCCAGAUGGAAAUGGAUGACACAAGAAGGACACAGAAGAAAGGAUUUGUCGCCAAGUAAAACGCGCAAAGCCAAUUUUUUUUUAUGUGUUUUUCCCUCAAAGAGAAUCCUCAUUAAUAAAAUACGAUUGCUUACCCAAAGCUGCUUAUUCUUCACGUAUGAACUUAUCGCCAAAGCUUCCGGACUGCUUCUUUGAUGGCAUGCCACAGAAUGGAGUUAAAUUUAUUUUGCCAAGAUACACGCCAACUUGUCUUCAUUUUGUAACUAUACAUGGUUAUAAAAUGAAAACGUUUGCUUUUCUUUGCAAAGUUUCUUUUUAGUUGAAUAGAAACUCAUUGCAGCGCUGAUCCCUUUGGCGCCAGCUGGUGUCUUCAGAGAAAAGCUAGUUAUUGUCGCCAAAAUGGAGGCACAUGAAGGCUAUUGCUUUUAAUAGAAAAUCUGUCAAAUCCGAGUUUUGAUUUAAGCAAGUAAUAAAGGAUAUAUGAAUCUCACAACAUAGCAAAAGUACGAUUUAUCCUUUUGUGAGAAUUGCAAGUUAUUUAAAAGAUUUGUCAAAAGACAAAGAUUCGGAAAUGAUUUUUAUUCUGUAGUAUUGUAAUAAGAAUGCGGUUUUUUUUAAAUAUUUUCUUAAUUUUAUUCAUUGCAUGUUUGUUGUUGCCUUUAUUAUUUUUUUUAAUUAGAAAAUGUGUUUGGGAAUUUACAAAAAAAUUACAGCUUGUUUGCACGUUGAAAUUAUUACUAAAUUUUGAAGUUACAAAUUCCAAAAAUUGACAUACAAGCCAAUUAAUUGUAAACAUUUCUUAGAAUGAAAAUGCAAAAGGGAGUUCGUUGCUUAAGGACAUCGCACUCUAUGACUGACAAAAAAAAGAAAAAAGGAAGCUCUUCCUACGCUUCUUACAAUUUCUCAAGAAGUAUUUUUAAAACAGUUUUAAAUCAUUUGUAUGCAAGGAAAACAAAAAAAAAAUGCUUUUGGUUUUAUUGAUAAGAAAUUAUAUCUUACUUUCAGUUAUAUUGUAUGAAAACAACAUGAAUAUGGCAUUUUAUCCCAUGACUAAUUUAUAUUAAUUAUUAAAAACUUGUAACCUUAUAUGGGUCAGCAAAAUAAGAACUUUUGACACACGGGCAAGAAAAUUAUAUUAAAUGUAUAGAAAACAUUCGAUUACCGAAGACGACUAGUAAAGUAUAACAAACAACUUGAGUAUAAUAUUUAACCUUGCAACCUAUCAUUCAUUAUUUAUCAUUUUUCGAAUGCAUAAAAUGAAUUAUUUACACUAUUUUGAGAACAACCAUCAGUUAUCUUUCAUAAUUUUUGCGUAAAACAAUAAUGUUUUUAAUAAUUUUAUAUAAGAAUGUGCUAUUUCUCUAGAUAUAGCAGGAAAAGAGGAAUUUAAAUUAUUAGUUAAUUUAAAUAUAUAAAAAAUAACCUUCAAUAAUUAUUUAAGUGCAAACGAUCUUUUCUUGAGAUAUCCAGCCAUUUAUUAAUCCUUAAAUAUAAAUAUACACAUUUUAUUUCAAAAAAUUGCAUAUAAAUUAUAUUCAUAAAUUCUAUAAUAGAUUAUUAAUUCAUUUUAUAGAACUACAGUCUGACAUGGUUUAUUUGAAAAAAUCAAUUUGUCUUUCUUUUUCACUUAUAUGAGAAUCAAAAAACUCAUCCCAGUCUUGAAAUAUAAGCAACGUGUUUUUACAUAAAAACAAAACUUAAGUACAUUAUACUGAAUUUUUAAAAAAAAUCUGUGCAAAGCGAAAUCAAUAUUAUUAGCACAUUCAAAUCAGUGUGAAAGAAAAUCGAGUACUUUACGAAAAAACCCUAGCCAUAAAGUCGUGUUAUGGGAAAAUUACAGUAUCAACGUUAGGAUGGAUAUAGCAGUUUCAGCUUAGUAUAUGAAAAUUUCGUAUUAUUGGAAACUUGGAUGAAUUUUCAUAGCUUAUGAAUUAAAAAUUGUCAAAAUUUUUAUUAAAUCAGUCUUUUUUCAGUAUUCCAUACUUUUUUUUUUUCGUCGCAUAACUUGAAACAAGAAUUUAUGUUAAUUGAAUACGACGUUGAUCGCAAUAUGGCAAGAAAAUAUAAAAUGGUUUUUUUUUUUCAUGUUUUGGCAAACAAACUAAAAUUUAUCUUUUAACAAAACUGUUUUAAAGCCAACUUAAAUAAAUAUAGCCCCAGCCAUUAAUUUUAUAAUUCAUGUUGGAAUUUGUAUUUUUUUUUUCGAUAAACAAAUGCUGAAAUAAAACUCUGUAUCCUUUCCAAGAACCUUUUUAAAUAGUGCAAUCUUUUUAAUGAGAAAAAAGAUUGUUAUACUUUUAAAAUACACGUAAUUAAUUUUCUCAUAUGAAUUCUCACUCUGAAAAUAAUUUCGCAAAGGAUUUCGAUUUAUUUUAUUUAAAUGUGCAUAGUGAAAAAAUGUCAUUUCAAAACCACUUGUCUUUAUACUAAUAAAUUUGUAAAAUCCCGAAUGGUUCCAAAUUAAAUUAGUAGAUAACUAUUAGAGUUGCGAAAGGAGUAAUAAUUAAAGACAAAACAAUACAAACUACUGGGGGUAAUUUUUUUCUUCUUUCUGUGUAUGAAAUGUAUUUAAUAUUUUGCUGUAAAAUUUUUAUGUUUAAUUUACACUACUCUGAAAUAUUUCAAAAAAUAAAUCAUUCAUUUUGUUAAAGAAUAUUUUAGCUAAUAAAAAUGGUAAUUUUUAUUCUCUUUGAAAUAACUUAUCUAAAAAUGUAAAUUCCUGUUAUUGUUUGGAGUAAAUAUUAAAAAAACGCGAAAGAGCGAAAUGCACGCGAUCUAUUAAAACGAUCAAGUCUAAUAGUUUAAAACAAAGAUUCAAAAGAAGAAUUCAGGAAUUUUGAUACUUUAAAAAUUUCAAUCCAAAUAUAUACAACUUAGUUGAACUGAUAUUUCAUACAAAAAGUUUGGUUGCACUAAUUCAGAAAUUUGUUCAUUGAAAACUGAAUUAAAAGGCUUUUCAGGAGUUUAUUUUUCACGCUUAAUCCGAAAAAACAAUUUAUAUGUGUCCUAUUUUAUUUAUUGACUAUUCAAAAAAAUUUAUGAAUUCAUUGGAACUGUUUAUGUAUUUUAAAUGAUUCCUGUUAGUUUCAAUAUAUUUUCAAAAUUAUUCAAUCCUAUGGUUUAAACUGAUUCAUUAAAUUUUUUUAAGAAAUGGACACUAAAUAACGAGCCAAUGAUCUUUAGACAGUAAUAACUUACUGCAAUUUAAAUAUAUUUACCCAUAUAAACUAAACUCAAUGGCGCGGCAGCCUAUGUGGGCCAAGGCCUGCAGUGCUCAUAUCUGCUUUCUUAACCGAGGGCCCUGUGGUUCAUAUGUUCCGGUUAGAUGGCCUAACGCGGAACCCCCAGUGUUUAGUUCCCAAUGAUGCUUGGUCCUCAGUUUAUCAACCCAUUAAAGGGUUGAAAGGUUAAGUCGACCUCGCCCAGUUCGAGUAUCGAACCUCGAACCUAUGCGUUGGGAGUGAGAAGCAAUCGCAAUAAUAUCAUAUAAUUGAGACAAUAAUCGCAACGGAAAAUUAAAUGUAGAAAGUCAAGUCCUGGUAAAAAUUACGGAGUUUAUUUAAGAAUAUUGAAGUCCCGUUUUUAUUUUAACGCUCGACAGAAGCCCUCUCAACAGUCCACCGCGCAAAGCGAAGUCGCAAGGUAAAAGGUCUGGUUUGUAGAGAAGCUUUUGACUUGGGAUGCUUUAGGAAAUUAUAGUUAUGGAAGAAGUAAUUCCCAGUAAAAAGAUUUGAAUGUCAUUUUUAUAUCAUUUCCCAUGGUAAUAAGAACAAUAAAUCUUCAGAAACUUCGUCCUCCCCUCAAUUGCUCAAAAUACCGCUUAUCGUUCUAAAUUUGUGAGAAGCAUAAUGAUUAUUUUGUAUUAUAAAGCUGAAUUGACUAUUCCAUUCUUGCUUAAAUCAUCCGACAAUGCUUAUUCCAUUCUUGUACCAGUUUUUCCAUGGGAUCGAUAUCGAAUCUUUACAGCCUAUAAUAAACUUUCCCUAUCCGUCGUGGCGGACUUUGGUUCGUUAUUUAUUGAACGUCUACAUAGUGUCACUAUCACAAUCUUGCUAUUGAAGUCGAUACAAAUAUAUAUACGGUCUUAUGCAAGUUUUAUAACAUAAAAAUAAAACAUGUUAAUCUCAACUUACCAAUACAUUUUAAAAACCAUAUCCAUUACACAAAUAUUAUAUUUAAAUGAAAUUUACAUUUUGAUUUAUUUACUAGUUCAUAAUAGAUUAUUAUUUCUUCAAAAAAUGUGGGAAAGAACAAAGAAAUAUUCUGUGAAACGAUGGAAAUUAUUGACAUUUGUUUAGAAUAGGCACAACGCUAGUUGCAUUACUGAUCCUCAUUUCUAAAGACAUUUUUAGAGAAUUCAUAGAUUGCUAAGCGAUGCAUUUGUUUGUGUAUAACUUAUAAUAGCAUUUGUUUUGUGUGCCAUAUUGUUCUUCGUUGAUUUUUCGUCUACCAAUAAUGUCUGUCCUUUCAAACGAACAGCUCCAUUAUCAUAUAAUGUCACUAACCAAAUGGAAACAAUUCAUCGAUUCACCUAGAUCUAACAUUACUCGAGUGCACGUUACGUAAGAACUGAAUAAAAGACUUUUCUACAGAUUAAAAUUUGAAGGAAUGGCGUUUGAAGCAAGUGGACUGUUUAAUUGUUCUUUGGAAUCAAAUGUUGAUGGAUAAAGAAUUUAUGACUGUUUUGUAAGUGAAUCUUCAUGGAUGAAUA